GCAGUAGCAGAUGUAAACAAUCGGGGUUUUUUACUUAAACCCCCUAAACUCUAGCCGUUUAUCUCGAACUAAUUACAUUUUUACCAUAUGAGCAAGUGUAGCCCUCUCUAGAACAACAAAUAAAAUAGCAUAAGUCACAAAAAUAAAUUUUGAUAUCGGCCUAUUUCAUUUUCUUAAACGUAGUCCGGUGAUUCAGGUGUCAGCAGGCCUAUAGGUAGCUUACUUCUAAGUCAUAGUUUAUUAGGCCUACAACCAUUUAAGCAUUUAAGUUAACAAUUGGUUAAAAGUUCAAAUGUGUAGGACCAUGAACAUGUUUUUCGGACCACUGGUAGGUCUGGGCGCGGCUGCUUUCCCUGGCCAUAACCACCUGGGACAGCCGUGCGCAGAAGGACUGCAGUGGAGCGACCAGCGCUGUUGCCAAACAACCCGCCACUGAUAAGAAGCAACACGGGAUCGGUUACCCAGCUCCCGAGGCUUCCACACAAACCUGAACAGAUGUUUUCGUUAACUGUACUUGAUCUGUAAUUAGAGCCUGCUUGGUACAAUCACGCUCGACUUCUCGAGUUAGUGUCUGGCAUGGAGGUUUGCAAUUGAUGUGCGUAACAUUGCGCCGGAGGUCUCCAGACACACUUUUGCGGGCGCGACCAAACCGUUCAUCAGCGACCCGCGCGCUGGAGGAUCGCAACUCGCGCUUCGGUGUGACAUUUUUGGAGAGCCUGUACUGAACCGUGACUAAAAGGGAAAAAUGACCGACCCUCCAGCCCCAGACCCGAGCAGCCCCAUCCCAAAUCCAACUAUUGUGGAUCCUUCAGCUGUCAACGGACAGUGUGAACAAAUAGACCAGGAGCCGCCCCGAGGAGAGAGUCAGGGAGAAUUCAAAAUGGACCAGGAGAUGAAGAUCAGCGAAAACGUGGACGGAGAAGGUCUGCUGGAGAGCAGCAUGAGACUGAAACCUCACGAGGCCCAGAGUUACAGGAAGAAGGCCCUCUACGUGUCCUGGGUGUCCAUUGUGGUCACCAUCAUCCUGGCCAUCGCUGCUUUCACUGUUUCUGUCAUGAGACACAGUGCUUCAGCCUUUGGAUUUGCCUUUGACGCCACGCUGGACGUGCUGUCCUCCAUCAUCGUGUUGUGGCGCUAUAGCAACGCUGCAGCUGUCCAUUCAGCACACAGGGAGUACAUUGCAUGUGUGAUCCUGGGUGUGGUCUUCAUCUUGUCCUCCCUGUGCAUUCUGGGAAAGGCCAUCCAUGACCUGUCCACGAAGCUGCUGCCCCGAGUUGAUGACUUCCUGUUCAGCGUGUCCAUCGUCAGUGGGGUGCUGUGCAUCCUCCUGGCUGUGGUCAAGUUCAUGCUGGGCAGAGUGCUGACCAGCAGGGCCCUCAUCACCGAUGGUUUCAACUCCCUGGUGGGAGGAAUCAUGGGCUUCUCCAUCCUCAUCAGUGCUGAGGUGUUCAAGCACGAGCCCCAGGUGUGGUACCUGGAUGGAACCAUCGGGGUGCUCAUAGGCCUCAUCAUCCUCGCCUACGGCGUCAAGCUGCUGGUGGACACGGUGCCUCGGAUCAGACAGACGAGGAACUACGAGCGCUUUGAGUGAAAGACUGUUGGGAAGGGAGGGGAGAGAGAGCUAGUGGGGGGGUGGGGUGGUGGACAA